AUGAAAAUGGGAAACCAAACUGUCGUCUCAGAAUUCGUCCUCCUGGGCCUGCCCAUUGAUCCAGAUCAGUGAGACCUGUUCUAUGCCCUGUUCCUGGCCAUGUAUGUUACCACCAUCGUGGGGAACCUUCUCAUCGUCGUCCUCAUUUGCCUGGACUCCCACCUCCACACACCCAUGUAUUUGUUUCUCAGCAAUUUAUCCUUCUCCGACCUCUGCUUCUCCUCUGUCACAAUGCCCAAAUUGCUGCAGAACAUGCAGAGCCGAGUCCCAUCCAUCCCCUAUGCUGGCUGCCUGACCCAGAUGUACUUCUUCCUGCUUUUUGCAGACCUGGAGAGCUUCCUCUUGGUGGCCAUGGCCUAUGACCACUACGUGGCCAUCUGCUUCCCCCUGCACUACACCACCAUCAUGAGCCCCAAGCUUUGUCUCUCCCUGGUGGUGUUGUCCUGGAUUCUGACCACUUUUACCUCUUUGUUGCACACCCUGCUCAUGGCUCGGUUGUCUUUUUGUUUCCUCUCCAUCCACUAA